GGGCCAUGGCGGCGCUCGGCGUCGUCUGCUUGCUGCUGGGGGCGGCGUUGUGGCCGCCCGUCUCGGCUUCGGGCGAGGAGUUCUGGCCCGGCCAGUCGGCGGCCGACAUCCUGUCGGGGGCGGCGUCCCGCCGACGGUACCUCCUGUACGACGUGAACCCCCCGGAAGGCUUCAACCUGCGCAGGGAUGUCUACAUCCGCGUGGCGUCGCUGCUGAAGACGCUGCUGAAGACCGAGGACUGGGUGCUCGUGCUGCCGCCCUGGGGCCGCCUCUACCACUGGCAGAGCCCCGACAUCCACCAGGUCCGCAUUCCCUGGUCCGAGUUCUUCGACCUUCCGAGUCUCAACAGGAACAUCCCGGUGAUCGAGUACGAGCAGUUCAUUGCAGAAUCCGGCGGGCCCUUUAUCGACCAGGUCUACGUGCUGCAGAGUUACGCCGAGGGGUGGAAGGAGGGGACCUGGGAGGAGAAGGUGGACCCCCGGCCGUGCAUCGACCCGCUGCUGUACUCCCAGGACAAGCACGAGUACUACAGAGGAUGGUUCUGGGGCUACGAAGAAACCCGGGGAUUGAACGUCUCCUGCCUGUCGGUCCAGGGCUCCGCCUCCAUCAUGGCGCCCGUGCUCCUGCGGAACACUUCUGCCCGGUCGGUGAUGCUAGACAGAGCUGAAAACCUGCUGCACGACCACUACGGGGGGAAGGAGUACUGGGACACUCGACGGAGCAUGGUGUUCGCCAAGCACCUGCGGGCGGUGGCCGACGAGUUCCGAAGCAGACACCUGAACUCCACCAAUGACGCCGACAGGAUCCCCUUCCAGGAGGACUGGACCAAGAUGAAGGUGGCACUGGGGUCGUCUCUCGGGGGCCCGUACCUCGCCGUCCACCUGAGGAGGAAGGACUUCGUCUGGGGGCACCGGGAGGACGUGCCCAGCCUGGAAGGGGCUGCGAGGAAGAUCCGCAGCCUCAUGAAGACACACCAGCUGGCCAGGGUGUUUGUGGCCACGGACGCCGUCAGAGCCGAAUACGAAGAGCUGAAAAAGCUGUUACCCGAGAUGGUGAGGUUUGAGCCGACCUGGGAGGAGCUGGAGCUGUACAAGGACGGAGGCGUGGCCAUCAUCGACCAGUGGGUCUGCUCCCACGCCAGGUAUUUCAUUGGCACCUCGGUCUCAACAUUUUCUUUCCGGAUUCACGAGGAGAGAGAGAUCCUGGGGUUGGACCCCAAGACGACCUACAACAGGUUCUGUGGAGACGAGGAGAAGGCGUGCGAGCAGCCCACCCACUGGAAGAUCGCGUACUGAGGCGGCUGAGCCCUGCCGCUGCGUGGAGGUCGGCCCCUGCUUGGCGUCAGGAACUGGGCAGCUGCCCAGAGGACAGCCCCUGGACACCCCGAGCUGGGGCCAGCGCGUGGCAGGCCCGGGGAUGACCUGGACACAGCGUGUUUGUCAGGGCCAGGCCUGGGGCCUUCCCAGCGGCUGAGGUCCCCAUAUCUGAGCGGGGAGUAAGGAUGGAUGCCGGCCAGCGGCCCCAUUGAAUGUCCGCCAUGGGCAACCGAGAAGACUUGGGAGUCCUGCCCUGCCUUCCCGUGUGAGCCCAUCUCCCCGGGGGGCCGGGGUUGAACCUGCUGCCUAGAGCCCCUGGGGACCUGAGGCCGACGGGAGCUCUGUGAUGGUUAUCAGGCCCUCCUGUCUGCUCCUGAGGGCGCAGGAAAGUUGCACAGUGGGGCCAGUAUUCCUGUGGGGACACCACCUUGUCUGCAGGAAGCUCCUGGCCGUCAGUACAGCCGGCGCACAGGGCUCUGGCUCCACCCCUUGCUGUGGGGGGAGGAACAGAGUCGGUUUCCAGAGGCCACGUUGGAGACACUGCAGCGGGGGUUCUGUCCGCCUGCUUUACAGAGCCCCUGCCAGGCCUCUGCGGCCACCACAGGGGUGCCUGCCACACGCAGGGCUGGCAGAGAGAGGCACUGCCUCGGGGUCACGGUGCCCCUCCCGGCCCCUGGGCCUCUCCCUGUGCAACGUCCCACCACGUUGUCGGUGUCACAGUGUUGGGGGGCUGUGGGCCACCCGGGGCUCAGUUCCCACGGGGCUGUGUCCUGGCAGCGUGGUGACCAGCAGGACUGCCCCGUGCCAUGCCGCUGUGGUCACUUCCUGGGUCUCCAUCUGUCGCAGUUGGUGUUGCUCACGGCUGUGUGGGGUGAAGUGAUACUGUAUUUAUUCAUUUGUAUACCCAGAUGUCAAUAAAGUUUUCUAGAAA